GCGUGGGCAGAAGAGCACUGGAACAAAAUAAUCCAGCCUUCCUUCAAGCGUCGAUCGCAAAAGUUUCGACGACCAAGAAGGCUCUUUCAAGAAUCACGCCUGCCGGCGUACUCAGGCCGAAGUCGUAACCUCCACGUCCAUCUCAGUGGUGCGAGCGCCCAUGGCGUUUCGUAAUUUCAUCAUCCACCAGCAGGCCUCCGUCACAAGGCCCUCCAUGAACCGCUUCAAGCCACUUCGGCUGUCCAGGAUGCUGAAGGUGUUCAACAAGCACCUGGAACACUACCCGGUAGUACCCACAGACAAGGUCCACAGGGUUCUCGUCGUCACGUAUUUCCGGGCAGGUUCCACGUUUGUAGGCGACCUGCUGUCCGCGACACCGGCCACAUUUUACCACUUCGAACCUCUGCACAUGUUCAGCAACGACGCCAGGCUGAACGGAAGUGCGGCCAGCAACGCUUCCGGCUUGAUCGGGCACCUGCUUCGUUGCGACUUCCAACGAGUGCAGCACUACGUCCGCUGGGCGUAUGAAAGGAAGUUCCUCUUCAAGCGGAACCACUUCCUUUGGGCCCUGUGCGGGGGCCAAUAUCCGGUGUGCUUCAAGCCGGACUUUGUGUCCAAGGUCUGCACUCGGGCGCCUGCUCAAGUCAUGAAGGUCACGCGGUUGCACAUGUCUCAGGUCCGAGAUUGGUUGCAGAGCAACCCAGACUUGGCAAAGUCGAUGAAGGUUCUACACCUGGUGCGUGACCCGCGGGGCAUUCUGGCUUCGAGGAGACUCUUGGAGUGGUGUAACGAGUCCAAGAGCUGCGCCCACCAGGACACACUGUGCUCGGAGCUUCGAGCCGACCUCGACACAUUCGAGGAUCUGCAGAGGAUGUUCCCGAACAGCACGUACAGAGUUCGAUACGAGGACGUGUCACUGGACCCCAAGAAAGAAGCGCUAAAAAUGUUCGAAGCUCUUGGUCUCAACUUACACGGUGUACGUAUCUAAUUUCCUGAAGACGCACACUAAAGCGCGAAAGGCCGAUGCCUUGGACCCAUAUUCGACGAAGAGGAAUUCGUCUACCGUCGCGUUUCAGUGGAGAACUAAACUUAAUUUUGAGGACAUCGCGGAGAUUCAGCGGUCAUGUUCGGACGUGCUCCUUCGGUUAGGUUACAAGACCAUCACUGACGAAAGUGAUUUGUUGGACGAAGUGCCCAUAGCUCCUGUGCCGCACUUGAUAGCAGCGGGUGUGCAUACCACGUUGAGGGUGUCCGUAGGCACUGGAAGCUAGAAACUUUUGAACGAGUACUUCUGCUGCGUCACAAUGAGCUAAGGAUCUCCUAAUAGAAGGUCGUGAAGACAUGACUUUUGUGGUGCGUAUUUUUCUAAAAGAUGGAACUAUUGAGGCUACAGGAAAAAUGAAAGGAAGGCACUAGCUCAGGGGAAGAUGAACACUUGUAGUGACGCAAAAUUGCCGAAUGGAAAAGCUUCUGGAGCUGGCGUUUCCACAAAGGACAUCUCCCGGUCCGGGCAGCAUCUCAUAAUUGUGACAUGUUGUUGCCAGCCUAAAGACGUUGCGAGAAAUGGUAUUGCACUCUGUGAGUGCACGGUGCUUAACAGUCAGUGGAAACGGUCAGAGAUAUUACGGUAUAUGACAUGAUAGAUCGAACAUUUUAUCAUGCAAUUGCGAACCACACGUGGACUCGUAGGACACGCCUAGAGUUUUUGGUGUGCGCGAUUUAGAAGUUCAUGUUGAUCAUUCCUUAGACGGUGCGUCACCACGCGCUACUGUUGCCAUGAGUGCACCUACGUCACCGUUCAUGUGUGUAUUUGAACCCACACAUCUGUUAUGGCUUUGUCACGUUUAAGUCUGAUGUUGUGACUAUAAGUCUUAUCGCGUGAACAUUGCAGACAAUCAUUUUUUUAGGCUUUUAGCUUGUACGUCAGUUGGUCUACCGAUCGUGGUUGCUUUAUAACCUUUGAGCAAAAGCCGGGGUAAAUGUUUAAGGAGUCAUUUUAUUAGUUGCGCAGACAAAAAGAAAUGGUUCUUGCAAUCAUACUUAGAUAUUUAUAGUUGAUGAGACAUAGAAGUGUUAGGUGUUACGCAAGAGUAGAUGCUCGUAGUGAUGUUUACAUGUCGCACUUUCAUAUAUUCAUGUUUCAAGCGGCUAUAUUAAUUAACGAAAACGUCAACAACUUCUUCUCGUAACAAAUACAGUGGUGUAAGACGUGGUCGAUUGCCAAACAUGUUACGCUUUUAUACGUGCCGAAAUAAAAUGGCACCUGGCGUUCUUCAAACAGUCGACGUAAGAACAAUACUGGUUAUUGUUGAAACGAGUGUUAUGUGACUCGCGUACUUUAGAUAAGGUCUUAGCUCAUAAUAUAACUAUGGUUACGCUUAUGUACAAAUCAGCAUAAUAAUUUAAUAUCCCAGAACACUUUAGAAAGCUCGCCUAAAUGGCGAUCACGUUUUGCAAGCUUGCGUUUACCAUAUCAGAACAUGCCUUCAGAAUUUAUAUUAAAUAUUGAACAUAUAUGUCCGCUGUGCUUGGUUUUACAUUUGGUAAAGCUUGAUUUCAACCGCUUUAAUGUGCACAUGUAUCUUUUAUGUUUUGUAUUUUUCUUAGCAGCUAGUAAAGGUUGCACCAAAGUUAGCUGUAUAGACCAGAGGAAUAGGCACCCAUUGCAAUGAAAACAUUCACUGCUACCAGGAACUACCAAAUGGAAAAGUAAAAGGUAACUCUUUGAAUUCGUUAGUUAUGAGGCUUAUUACAUUAUGACAUUACGUUAUUAUGAGGCUUAUUAUGAGGCUUAUUACAAGAACAACGUAAUAUAAUAGAAUGAAAAGUUGGGCGAGUUGGUUGCUUGUCUUCUAGCCAGUCCGUUCUUCCGUCCACUGUGUGCGCGCCGAAAUGUUACCAAGAACAUAUCUUAUACGCACAUUCAAUAAAGAUUUCACUGUGAACAGCUAUUUUAGAGAAACAACGCUAAGCAACUGCGAUAUUGCGCGUGAUGACUUAUCUCACCCUAAUUUCUGUGGUCAAUGAACUGUUUUGAGCUGCUUCUUUUUCAACAUAUACAUUUUGAAUACAUUUAGGCAUUUUGUUUCACGGAGAGAAAAUAUAGUACAGGGACAAAGCUUGGCGUGGAUAGCUCUUGAUUUGCUUAGAAGUUGCGUAGUUCGAGCGACAAAGGUACCUCUAGACAGAAUCCAAGUUUUCAAAAAGCAGUAGGCGCUUUGACAUACUGCGGCACAUGUAGCGGAGUCUCGGCUCGUUGGCUCCGCCCAGCCCGAAGGUCGCCACCACACCGUAUGAUGUGACAACUGGCAGAGCAGCUGCAAAGCUGUCUUCGAGCCCAGCGCGUAGCCUCCCGACGUGCUGGGCUCUGAGGCAGCUUUGCGAAGUAGAAAGCAGUGGCGAGCUUUAGGCUGGGUGGAGUUUGCGCGUCGUGACGUCGCUAAAGUCGCCUCAGUAUGCCGACGACACCUACCACUGUUUACAAACAUGGAAUAGAUAUAUACGUAUCAGUAGUGGGUGUAUUGCUUCAGACUGUCGUCAUAAUGCUUAGGAACGCAACAAGCCAAGUUAAAACGACCAAAAAUACAAUAUUACAAAGCGCAAGGAAGCUUCAAAGUAUUCUUU